UUUACUUAUUAUGCUAACCUCUAUCGACAGUCAAAUGCUAUUUGUCGAAAUGAAGUAUUGCCUAGUAAUUUUACUACUACCGACGCUUGGAGCCGCCAACAAUGCCCAGCAGCUUUUGGAGAUCGAAGCACAAACCUUCUGGUUUGAUGCUUCGGCUGCGGUGCGUUUUCUACUGCAUACUCGCUUGAAUCCGACGCAUCCUCAAUCGUUGAAAUGGGAUUCGACGGAAUCGGUUAAACAGUCUUUCUUCAACGAAAAGCAUCCGACUCGUUUCACCAUCCACGGCUAUAUCGGAGAUUACGAUUCGGCAGUGAACGAACUUGUCGUGGCCGAGUACCUCAAAGUGGGCGAGUUCAACAUGAUCGUUGUGGAUUGGGGCGAAGGAUCCCAGAGUUUUUUCUACCCCCUUGUAAGAAACCGAGUUGAAGCUGUGGGUCGGACAGUUUCGGAUAUGAUUGAUACCCUUCGGAAAGCGUAUGAUAUAUCUCUCACCAAUGUCACUCUCAUUGGGCACAGCCUCGGAGCUCACAUUGCCGGAGCAGCAGGCAAAGCUCAAAAUGGCAAAAUUGGCACCAUCUUCGGCUUGGAUCCUGCCGGUUGGCUUUUCGAAGUAGACGGUUCGGAUACUCUGAGCGCAAAUGAUGCUGGAUAUGUGGAAAUCAUUCACACCAGUAACCUAAUUGGUUGUGUUGCCGUCCUAGGCCAUGCAGAUUUCUACGUGAAUGAGGGCUACUGGCAACCCGGCUGUAUCGAUGUGCCAACCUGUUCCCACAGUAGGGCGGUUGAGCUGUUUGCCGAAUCAAUAUCCAGCAGCAAAGGCUUCUGGGCUGACGGUGGUGCUUCGGUUCGCAUGGGAGGUGAACCGUCAAACCAGGGAAAGCAGGUUAGGGGAGUUUUUAUGGUUGAAACCGACAGUUCACCUCCCUAUGCCUUGGGCCCGUAGGGCUCACGGUGAUUUGUUUUUGUGGAUCUAUAUUUCGGUUAAUCAUGUUUUAAGUUGAUUGAAUAGUAAUUUGUUUAUUUUAUCUCUAAAUGAAAAAAGCAGCUUAAUCAUUUUGUAUUUCUUUAAGGGGCAAUUUACAAUCUUAUACUAUUAUAUCGAUUUUGAUUGGUUCUUUUCGGCAAGCAUUAACUGAGAGAGACGAAAGAUAGGAAAUGAAAAGACGAAUAGGUAUGCUAGAUUGAAUCAGUUAUAAAUUUAGAACGGAAAAGCUAGCCUAGGCAGGCUCAUAUAAGCAUGAUCAGAAGAAAGAAAUGAAUUCUAUUUUACCUUCUACUUGAGGGGGUCGAACAUUAAAUUCGAGUCCCCAAGUGUGGUCAUGUAACAAGUGUAAUUCUUCACCACACUAUGCUACUGACACCGGAUAUAUAAGCCUAGAAUACCAAUCCGUUUUUUUCAUUUCCUAUCUUUCGUCUCUCUCAGUUAAUGCUUGCCGAAAAGAACCAAUCAAAAUCGAUAUAGUAGACAUUAUGCGGCAAUUAAACUCAAUUAACAAAUCUUAUACUAUGUUCACACUAUGAGUUGAAACAUGUUAUAACUUCGAUUGCAUGUUUUAAGCGAAAUAACAUGUUUUCCCAUAGCAUUUUUUUUCCUAUAUAAAAACGUCACACUAAAACAUGUUUGCCUCAAAUAACACGAUAUAAUCGUCAGGCAAGCACAACCCUCUCAGAACUUUUCAUCAUUUUUGACUAUGUCAAUUGACAAGCUUGCAUCGAACCCGUUUUUUAAUCAAAGUAGCCAUGUAAUCAUCAUAGAAGAAAUCAUUCAAAUCUGUUUCUAUGUGAAGUGGGAAAAAAUGGAGGAAAUAUACUCUUUCUCUAGGACGUUGAAACGAAAGGUUUCGUCAUUAUUUUUGAACAUCUAAAGGCAGAUGCUCCAAUAACAAAAAAUGACACAUUGACACCACAUAUGUUUUUUUGAAAGCAUAUGAUUAGAGGGUAAGGUUCUGUAAGAAAAAAUCAUAUUAUUGAAUGAAAUGAAAGAAAACGCAGCACAAGUGCUUAACUUCUGUGACAUAGACAUGUUUGCACUUUGUUUUUAAUCAAUUUCAAUAACAAACAGUAUGUCAUGCGUGUAACGUAUUCCGAGUGUGGACAGUACUUUAUAUUACUUUCGAUAAUACGUGUUAUUUUCUGAUAGUGUUAACAUAGUAUUAGGAAAACAGCCAUUGCACAGUGGGGAAAAAACUUUACGCGACUUUACUCAAUAAUUUCAUGAAAACCUAAGCAAAUAUUUUCAAAGUUCGUAUUUCUUAUGCAAAAAUUAUCGUAGAAUCGAUUGGUGAUAGUUAGAAGAUUCACAAAAUCGGCCAUCGAGUCCGUUUUACUCUAAUUACUCUUAUUUUCUUCGAAGACUAACUGUGAAACUCUGAAAAAAAAAAUGAAUUCAACUAAUCGGAAGCUACU